AUGUCUGGCAAAGUCGUCCUUGUCACCGGCUCAUCAGAGGGCGGUAUCGGCAAUGCCUGCUGCAUUUCUUUCCACAACGCGGGGUGCAAGGUCUACGCAAGCGCACGCCGACUAGAGUCACUUGCCAGCCUACCGGAUUCGAUCGAGAAGAUCCAACUCGAUGUGCUGGACAAGGAAGCCUGCCAAAAGGCGAUCGAGCACAUCAUCUCAAAGGAGGGCAGAAUCGAUGUCCUCGUCAACAACGCAGGAGCAGGCGCAACGGGUGCCUUGCUCGACUUUGAUCUCGAUCAAGCAGAAUCAGUCUACAAGGCCAACGUCUUUGCGCCCAUGCGGCUCUGUCAGCUCGUCGCGCCGCACAUGGUCAAGCAAAGAGAAGGCCUCAUCAUCAAUAUCUGCUCGAUUGUGGGCAUCAUCGGCACACCAUGGGCAGGCUGGUACUCGUCCAGCAAAGCGGCUCUGAUCAGCCUGAGCGACGUGCUCAGAAUGGAGGUGCAAGGAUUCGGCAUCAAAGUCAUGACGGUCUGUCCAGGUGCCGUUCGCUCCGGCUUCGGAGACAAGCAAGCCGCAUCUCUCAAGACACCCGACGGCUCGCUGUAUGCCAACGUGAACAAGUUCAUCCAGGAGCGCGCACAGAUGGGCCAGCAAGGUGCAAUGCCCAAUGCUGAAUUCGCCAACAAGCUCGUCGCCUCUGCACUCAAGACCAGCCCGUCUGCCUACUUCCUCGCUGGCGGUAGAGCGUUCCAGUUCCAAUUGAUGAGCUUCCUGCCUCGCUGGUUCGUCUGGCGCACGCUCAUGAAGCGCAUGGGAUGCUACAAAGUCGGCCUGUCGUCGACAAGGCGUCAUGCUGGCUCAGAUUGCGAGUGUAUAGGACAUCAUUCUAGGCGAUCACAAAAUUCACUCGCCAGCACCGCACUGAUCCUGACGGCGGAGGGUGACGACAGCCGUUGCUGCGCAGCACAGACCUUUAGAUCCGAAAGAGACACAGAUCCAGCGAGGCCUCGUCAAGCUUGUCCAUCGCAAGAGGUACCCACAAAGGUCACACGACAGCGAGACAGCAAGAUCCAGACGGACGAUCGGACGAUUGCACGCCAGUAUGAGCCAAUACGCUAUGGCAGAUAUUCUGGCGAGCACAAACGGACGUCAUCGAGGUCGUCAUCUACCGACUCGAGCUCGUCUCGUCGGAGCGAACAGACUGCGCAAACGCCAUCAUCCGCCGCCACGUCUACCUCUGCUCUGUCCAGUCCGGUGACGACCUGCUCAUUCGUCGAGAGCAGAUCAGAUCUGACAGAAGAUGAUUCGCCUAGUUUCAAGAUGACUCUCCAAGCGGCCGACGAGACAGAUGCACGCAUAGUCAGCGAGCCACCCAGUGUCGUUGAGAGCUCGAGCUCGAGCUCGCUCAGUCGCGCGUCUUCACUCAAAUGGCUCAAGAUGAAGGCAGGCGGCAUCAUACAGCUCAGCGACUUUCGUCAGAAAGAUCUCGCAAGGAGGGACAGCUGGGACUGA